CUGUUGCCUCACGUGUCGGACACAUUCCGUCCACUCUCCAGGCGGGCCGCCCGUUCACCGGGGUAGCAAUCCUCUCACACAACCUGCUGCACACGCAUGUGCUCUGCCUAUCUGGUGCAGGAACCCCGUGAGCCUGGAGGCGGUCUCGUCACCGGAAGGCAGCAAUUCACCGCAUGAGUCGAUCGGUGGAUACGCAUGCCACACAGGUUCACACUAGUCCCAUGAUCGAUGUCACAACCGGCGCUGUCAAACCUACCUUCCACUCAGCAGGAUAUAAGGUUGACAGCGCGGACGUCUUUCGUCAUUCAUCCCAACUUUGCUGUAACGAUGCGCCUGUUGGUCCUGGGUGCCGCCUUAUUGCUGCCCGCUGUCAGCUCAGCGCUGAGCUGGACCGCGACGCCGUUCAGUCCCCCUUCUUAUCCCCUUGCAGUCCGUUCUCCGUACCUCUCUGCAUGGCUUCCUCAAGGAAGCGGUACGGCCUUGAAUGGGGCUUGGCCUCAAUUCUGGACCGGUUCUACACUUGGAUGGGCGGGCUUCGUGAACGUGGAUGGCUCAUCCUAUAGCUUCCUCGGCGAUCCAGCUGUAUCUGGCGCAACCUUCUCGAAGGCUACACAGAAGAGUGCAGAGUUUACUAGCACUCAAAGUACUUUCGUAUUGACAGCAGGAGGGAUCGACCUGACCGUCACCUUCCUUAGCCCUGUGGAGCCGAGCGAUCUGCUGAACCAAUCUAUUCCUUUCUCGUACCUGGCUUUGUCUGCAGCUUCUAAUGACGGCAGCUCGCACAGCGUGUCUGUGUACUCAGACAUCAGUGCAGAGUGGGUAACUGGCGAUGACUCCCUCACGGCGAACUGGUCCACAACGACUGGUGAUACAAUUUUCCAUCAAGUACAACUUGAGGAUCAGACCGAGUUCGGCGAGAUCAACGACCACACUCAACAGGGAUCCGCAUAUUACGCAACCCUCAACACCAAUGGCGUUACCCACCAGACUGGUCAGGACAUAGUCGUCCGUGCGCAGUUCAUCAACAAGGGUGUACUCGCGAACUCGCAGGACACGAGCUUCCGUGCUGUUUCGGACGAGUGGCCCGUCUUCGCUCUGGCGCACGACCUCGGCACCGUCUCUGGGACCUCUGCUACCGUCGUAUACGCUAUCGGCCAUGUCCGCGACCCUGCGAUUCAAUACAUCAUCGCGGAUAAUCAGAUCCAGCAGCGGAACCUAUACUUCUGGAGCCGAUUCUCGUCGGUGACGGAUGUGUUGUCGACAUUCUUGGGAGACUACGAGAACGCGCUUGCUAGGGCGAAUGCCUUUGAUGCGCAGAUCAGCUCAGACGCGUCCAGCAUCUCGUCUGACUACGCUGAAUGGGUCGCGCUGUCUGUGCGCCAGGCAUUCGGUGCCAUUGAGUUCACGAUCUCGAAGGACAGCUCUGGCAAUUUCAACACAUCUGACAUUUUGACAUUCAUGAAGGAAAUCUCGAGCGACGGGAAUGUCAACACGGUCGAUGUCAUCUACCCCUCUUGGCCCAUCUUCUUGUACACGAACCCUGCGAUCGGGAAAUACCUCCUCCUGCCUCUAUUCGAGUACCAGGCAACUGGACAGUACCCGAACGGAUGGUCAGUCCACGAUAUGGGCGCACACUACCCGAACGCGACGGGACAUAAUGACGGCAACGACGAGCCGAUGCCACUCGAAGAGAGCGGCAACAUGCUCAUCAUGACUCUGAGCUACGUCCAGGCAGCCAGCGACACCUCGUUGAUCACUUCAUACUACAAGCUCCUCGACCAGUGGACGCAAUACCUCAUCCAGGAAGCGCUCAUCCCGGCGAACCAGAUCAGUACUGAUGACUUCGCCGGUUCGCUCGCCAACCAGACGAACCUCGCUAUCAAGGGUAUCAUCGGUAUCCGGGCGAUGGCGGAAUUGGCAAACCUCGUUGGCAACAGCGACGAGAGCUCCAACUACACCUCAAUCGCGUCGUCAUAUGUCACACAGUGGCAGGGCUUCGCGACAUCGUCAGAUGGAAAACACUUGACACUCAACUACAACAACGACUCAAGCUGGGGCCUUACCUACAACAUGUGGGCCGACAAGCUUCUGAAGCUGAACCUUAUUCCGGAGUCGGUGUAUGAGAUGCAGACGGCAUGGUACACAACUGUAGAAGCUCAAUAUGGUGUGCCUCUGGACACGCGGCACACGUACACCAAGACAGACUGGCAGACCUACACGGCCGGCAUCGUGACAGACACGACAGUCAGGGACACGUUCAUCAGCGCCCUCAACGCAUAUGCCGCCGACGGAGAGAACAACGCACCCCUCAGCGAUCUCUACUACACUACGAACGGCGAGGUGUACCAGUUCCGCGCUCGCCCGGUCGUUGGUGGCCAUUUCGCCUUGCUUGCACUUCAAGCGGCAGAAUCGAGCGCUUGAUGUGUGGCGUGCAAGCGGUGCCCUCGGCGUUGUCUGCCAGCUCGCCGUGGCGUUCGCGAUGUCGUAAUCACGAGCUACCCCUCACCGAGUACGUCGUUGGACGCUGCAUUAUUUAUUGGAAUGUAUGGAAAUACUGUCAACUACUAACUGGGACUUGCGAUCCGCGACACGAACUGCUACGACGUGAGUGCCGUUCAGUGACUGACU